AUGCGAACGCUUCUGCCAGCACGCCUCCGCGCGAUAACAACAACCAACAAUGCCGUGACCAAAACGACCAGACUCGCGGCCUCCGUCCGACCUUGCAGCGAUCCACGAUCAUGUCUUCAGAACUGCCGAUGUUUCGCACAAGUCAACGACAUCGACCGUGACUUCUGGUUCAGCGCUGCGGCCUCUCGUCAACAGCAGGGGGUUGGCAGUGACCACAAACCGCCCGACGAGCGAACGAUCAAGCUGGGAAAGACUGUGAGGGUCUUGCAUGAGAGAUUGCCUACGCUGUUGAAAGAGCCUCUACCUUCGGAGAUCCUGUCGCCGAAUAUCACUCUGCAUCUCUUCCCCUCCACGCAUCCACACCUCCCUACCGUCUCUGGCCGGCUCGCGUACAUCGCAGCGCUAUGGACAGCUCCAGUAGCCUGGGGCCGAAUGCCACUGGUUGGGAACGUCCACCUUGUGAUUCUCUCCGAGCGGAUGGUGCGCAAUGGCGGGAGCGCAGUAGCCCUCGAAAACCGAGAAGAGAAGUUAAUCGUAAAAUGGAAAACCUGCGGGAAAACCACACAUCGCGAUGGAACGGGAGGCAUCUAUCGUGGGAUGGGACUUGCGGUUGCGAAGGACCCUGUCGAGAAGAUUAGGGGGUUUAUUGCGGGGACGAAAGAUGAAGAGUCGAAUGGAGGGAAAGAUGCGGAGGAGUUCCAGGGGAUUUUCAUCUUUGAGUUUGAUGAUAAGGGGAGGGUGGUCAAGCAUACGAUCGAGCAUACUGAGGAGGGAGGACACUAUGACCGGAUGACGAGAGUGGUGUCUGUGACGGAUUGGUUGCUGGGGAGGUUCAACGGCAAACGGAGGGAAGACGAACCGGCGUUGGCUUUGUGUGAAGAGAGGCCAAACGGUGGUUCGAUAAGGCUGGUCGACAGACGGUCGCGAUGUUGA